AUGGUGGAAGCAACCACUGGAUGGUUGGAGAGUUAUCCGGUGCCUCAUGCAACUGCCCAAAAUACCAUUUUGGGUCUUGAAAAGCAAGUACUGUGGCGACACGGGACCCCAGAGCGAAUUGAGUCAGACAAUGGGGCUCAGUUCAAAAAGAGUUUAGUUACUACUUGGGCAAGGGAACAUGGCAUUGAGUGGGUGUAUCACAUCCCAUAUCAUGCACCAGCCACUGGAAAAGUUGACCGGUGUAGCAGAUUGCUGAAAACUACUCUGAAGGCAAUGGGUGGGGGAACUUUCAAGAAUUGGGAUCAGCACCUAGAAAAGGCUAUGUGGCUAGUCAACACUAGAGGCUCCGUCAAUCGAGCUGGCCCUGCUCAAACAGAGUCCCCUCACACUGUGGAUGGAGACAAAGUCCCAGGUCAAGAAGAAUUUGCUGUGAAAGAAAUCCCUGAACUUAAAAAAGUGCACAUUAUAGCUGUUGUGAAACUUGUCCUGUCUGCUCUGCCACUUCUAAACAAUCUUUUAUCAUUGGUAGAUGAUAUAAGUGAGCCUGACACCAAACAGGGGUCAGAUACAGUUUCAGGAAACUGUCGUAUCCUUCUUCACGUCAUUAAUAAUAGAAAGAGCAUGCACAGCCAGGAAGCAGAAGCUGGGGUGGCUGUUUUCGUUGUUACUAUACAGCACAGAAACAUGGACCUCUCUGUUUUGCCAAACAACAACCAUCCUGAUAAAUUCCUGCAACUGGAGGUGAAGUCUUUAGAGAAAAGCUCUACCUGUCUGCAAGCCAACUGGGCAAAAUUGCCAGAUGCAGCUCUACCUGGAGUGCAGCGGUGGCACAACAGAAUCUAUUUACAGAGAGAAAAAAGAACUGUCACUGAGCUGCCAGGCUUAGACUUGAACAGGGUCAGCCAAGAAAUGAUAGACAAAGCCCUGGGGAAACACAUUACACCCAUCACCCUGAAAUCCACCAUCAAAAGAAACCCGUUGUAUAGUGAUAUCCAGGUGGAUGACGACUGGGAGGAGAAGAAAAAGACCCCUUCCUGGACCGUGCAGGACUAUGACAGACACUCGCUGCACUCUAACUUGGCCAGCCACAUAAAGGAAAAUCCUAAUGAUCUACAGUUCUGGAUGGGGGAUAUUUAUACUCCUGGGUAUGAUACCUUGUUAAAAAAGAAAGAGAGAGAAAAAAAGCAUUUGAAAUAUUGCCGAAUCAUCCUGCUCAUGGUACUCGCUGUUUGCAUCCUAAUUACCAUAGUCACACUCAGUGUUUUACUUACUUAG